AUGUCUGCGCAAUUCAACACGAAAACAUAUCAAUUGAACAACAGCAAAACAAUCCCCGCUGUAGCCCUUGGUACGUGGUUGGCCACAGACAACGACUGCGUGGAGGCAGUCUCUUAUGCCUUGAAGAAUGGAUACAGACAUAUCGACACAGCGGCUCACUAUGGCUGCGAAAAGGAAGUAGGCCAGGGUAUUAGAGAGUCCGGAAUUCCCAGAGAAGAGAUUUUUCUCACCACAAAAGUAUGGAAUUUUGAUCACAAAAACGUCAAAGGGGCCUUUGAGGAUUCCUUAAGCAGAUUAGGAUUGGACUACGUGGAUAUGUACUUACUUCACUGGCCAAAGUCUCUUGACCCAGCAACAGAGUUUCCUUACAAAGACUGGGACUUUGUCGACACGUACAAAGAGAUGCAAAAGUUGUUGGACACUGGAAAAGUAAAGUCGAUCGGCAUCUCGAACUUUACCGUUGCUAAGGCUAGAAAGCUAUUGGCUGACCCUGGAGUGACAGUCAAGCCUGUCGUGAACCAAAUCGAGGGUCAUCCAUUGUUGCCACAGCCAGAAUUAACGAAAUGGUUCCGAGACCAGAACAUUGUUAUCGAAUGUUACUGUCCAUUGGGCUCCUCAGAAACUACUUUGGUGAAGACUGAUGAAAUUGUUGACAUCGCUAAGAGGAAUAAUGUUGAUGUCGGGCAAGUCUUGAUAUCAUGGGGUGUGCAACGAAACACAGUUGUUUUGCCCAAGUCUACGAAGAAAGACAGGAUAAUUUCGAACUUGAAGACUUUUACUCUAAGUGACGAAGAUAUGCACAUACUCGACACUCUCACCGACAAGUACGGUGUUCAAAGGGCUGUUCCAGAUGACGUAUUCGAGGACUAA